AUGAGACUCUACACUUUCGUCUCUGUGGCUUUGGUAGCUUCUCGCCACGCGUCUGCGAUACCGCACGAGGAUGAAGAGCAUGAUGAGGCCGCGACGACCAUCACUAGUUCCGCAUCACUAGCCUGUGGGACUGGAAAAGCCAUGUCCCAGUGGAAUUCUUGCUCUGCCUCCAUCUCCAGAGAAAUCGACAAGUGCGACGCCAACAACCUAUCCUGUGCCUGCAGCCACGCAAACGUAGGCUUCGACUGCUUGACCUCCUUCUGCCCGUCCCACACACCCGACAUCUGCAAAGCCUCCCUCGCCAUCCACGGCCUCUGUGCCCUCGCAAACGCACCCACCCCCACCCUCACAGGCAUAACCUGCCCUUCCGACGUCCCCGACCUGCUCGCCAGUUUCAUUCCCUCGGGCGUGCGUAACCUCAUCCCGCUCGCACUUACCGAACUCCUCCCCUCCAACAUAAACAACAAUAUCCCUACCGAUAUCCCCUUCUGGAACGGGCCCGGCGACCCAGUCCGAAAAGGCACGAGUCUGAGUUUAGCGCUAGGCGACGUUAUAGGAGCAGGCUUGCCAGCCGCAACAGCAGUCGCAAAAGACAAUAGCGGGGGUGGAAUCGAGACGGGGCGGGUCGGAAGUCUGGAUCGGGUGCUGGUGGUGGGGAUCGUCGUCAGUGUCGCCGUGGGUGGGCUGUCAGCGUGGUUGUAG